ACUCACGAACCACCACCCACCAGCCUACCGCAUCCCCGCCUGUACACUGUAAAGCGGCCACCACCACCACCACUCUCUCCCUCGUCCACCUCGCAGCUCACUAUCCUUGCGUAUACAUCAAAGCACAAACAAUGGAGGCGCUUCUUCGUGUCACUGAGACUGUCAAGUCCUUCCGGGAGACCCGCCUUAGUGCACUCCGUCCGGUUUCGGAGUUCUUCGACCACCACCGUAUCUCAAAACCCGCAGACUUGAACACAGCCACCUCUCGCAUAUCAUACAACACACGAUACUUUUCUGGCAACUAUGGCGUGAUAGUCGGAGUACUCGCAGUGUAUGCACUGCUCACGAACUGGCUAUUGAUCAUCUCCCUGGGCUUCCUCAUCGGAGGUUUCGCCGCAAUUAAUAAGUUCGCACCUGAGCCGUUGCAGGUGGGUGACCAGGUCAUCACCCAGAAGACCCUCUACACAGGGCUCUUCGUCGUCGGCAUCCCCCUCCUCUGGUGGUCCUCGCCCCUCGGCACCUUCUUCUGGCUCGUCGGCGCGUCGUCCUUCCUCAUCCUCGGCCACGCCUCCCUCAUGGAGCCUGGCAUCGAGAGCGAGUACGCGACCGUUCAGGAGGCUGUGUAGUGGACACUUGACGGUGCGGUGGCAGUGCAGGGCUGGGGCACAGAGCGUUCGUGAUCGCAGAUCUAUUUAUUUCCGUAUGGCUACUUAGCCCGGACAGGACCGCUUGCGUCUCUUCUGCUGGUUGGAUAAUUCGUGUAGAUGGUUUGGUCUCCCCCCUGCGUGCUCACGCGCCACAAAUAGCUGUUGUACAUGCAAAUACACUUUCGAUUUGGUCUCAACAAAAUA